AUGAAUUCGUCCCAGACCCACUGGCUGCCAGAAGCUGUCUCAGUGAGCGGCACAGGGGACUUCUGGCUGCUCCUUCCAGGAGAAAAUGGCAGAGAUCCACUUUCUCUUUUUCCUUUUAUUCUUCAAGCCCUGGAGAAUGGCCCUGUCCAGAGCUCCAGUCUCUCAGAGCAGGAGGAGGAGGAAGAAGACACCCUCUGGGAGAAAAUUGAGAGCGCACGGCACCAGCUGACGCGCUCCCUGAACCCUGCAAAGCUCACCCCGUACCUGCGCCAGUGCCGAGUGAUAGACGAGCAGGAUGAGGAAGAGGUGCUGAACUCGUGCCGAUUCCCUUGCAAGAGCAACCGCACAGGUUACCUGAUGGACAUCCUUCGGCGCCGUGGGAAACGAGGCUACGAAGCCUUCCUGGAAUCCCUGGAGUUUUAUUACCCGGAGCACUAUACCCGGCUAACAGGGAAGGAGCCAGCCCAGCGCUGCUCUAUGAUCCUGGAUGAGGAAGGCCCUGAGGGACUAACUCAGUUCCUGAUGAUGGAGGUGAAGAAGGUGAGGGCUCAGCGGAAAGAGCAYCUCCUGAAGGAACACCAACUCCAGGUGAAAAACCAGACCUUGGAGCAAGAACAGGCUCGGCUGGAGCAGCGGCUGCAGGAACUCCUGAAGGUGCAAGAGCGUUGCCAACAGCUUAGGGAGGAGUGGGACUCCAACAGUCUGGAGCUGCUGAGGCUCAAGGAUGAGAACUACAUGAUGGCCAUGCGCUAUGCUCAGCUCUGUGAGGAGAAGAACUUGGCUGUGCUGCGGAGCCGGGACCUGCAGCUCACGGUGGACCAGCUGAAAUGCAAAGUCACCAGCCUAGAAGAAGAAUGCAGCCUGCUGAGGAAACAGGUCUCUGCACAGCCCCAGCGAGAGGCAGAGGAGCGGAGCUACCCUGACACAGUGUCUGAGCUGUGGGCUGAGAACCAGCAGCUAACAGCAUCGCUGCAGGAGCUGCAGGGCAUGCUCAAGAUGCCAGGUGAGGGCCCAGUGCCAGGCUCUGAGCAGAUCUUGCUGGACAUCCUGGAGCAUGACUGGAAGGAAGCUCAAGACGAUCGUCAAGAUCUCUGCCAGAAACUCCACUCUGUGCAGAACGAGCUGCAGUGGGCUGAAGAGCUGAGAGAUAAGUACCUCCAGGAGGUGGAAGAUCUGCAGCUGAAAUAUCGGACGCUGCAGAAGGACUGUGAUCUCUACAAGCAUCGGAUGAACACCGUGUUGCUGCAGCUGGAGGAGAUCGAGAAAGAGCGGGACCAGGCUAUCCAGAGCCGAGAUGGGGUGCAGCUGCAAUACUCCCAGAGUCUGAUUGAGAAGGACCAGUACCGCAAGCGCGUGCGGACCCUGGAAGAAGAGAGGGAUGAGCUCCUAAGCAAACUGAGCCAGGCAGAAGGGCUGAACAGCACGCUGGAGGCCCAACUGCAGCGAUGCCAAGGCAGCCGCAGCCUUGGCAAGAUGUGCAGCUCUUCCUACUCCCUGUGCUCCAAUCUCAGCAGCAGCUGGAGCCUCAUAGACAAGCCUUCCAGCCUGACAAAUGGGUUUGUGGAAGCCCUGGGAGGUUCUGCCAUCCCGUUUCUGGGGGAUUCUGCUAUUCAGAGCAUGGACGUAACUCCUGACAGUGAAAAGGAUAUCAAUCGUCUUUCCACCUUCCCCUUUCCACCUUGCAUUGGCUCCAUCCUCCGGCGGCAGCGGGAAGAUCGAUGUAUGCCCUACAAAAGCUUGUCCUGUGGCUCCUUUAGCAGCAUGGAAGAUGCAACAGGCAGUGGUUUUGCUAGUGUGUCGCUUGGUGCCUUCUCCUCUUCUUCCAGCAGCACCUACACCAGGGUGAAGUCGGAGAUCUGCUUGUCCACCCUUCCCAGCCGCAAGGAGGUGACCAGGAGGUCCCUGGUGGUACAACUCUCUAGCAUGGGGCACCCCAGCAAUUCAUCACCGGAGGAGAAGAGGCUUGCAGCAGAUAUCUCCAUCCUUGGUGGGAACAGGACAGGGAUUUAUGUCCAGUGGGUCAAGCCAGGUUCACAGGUUGAGAGUGCAGGACUCAGGGAAGGCUGUCGGCUCAUUGAGCUGAAGGUCCCAUCGCUGAAAGAAAAGGUGCUUUCCCUGGAGAACUGUACCCGGGAGGUUGCCUACCUCAGCCUGCUGCAUUGGGAUAAGCCCUCUAAUCUUGUCUUUCAACUGGACCUGCAAGGAUACCAGCCUCUACGUGAAGCCCUGGAGGAAGGGAGGAAGAUUUCUGGAGACUCAUUCUAUGUACGCACUAAUCUAUCCCUCACGGAGCAGUUGGACCCUUAUGCRCUAUGUGUCAAGUGUCGGGAAAUCCUCCACGUCACAGACACCAUGCACAAAGGACGUCUGGAGUGGUUCUGUUCCCGUGUUGAUCCUUUGACUUUGCRGGACCUGGACAAGGGGACAGUACCCAAUUACAACAGGGCCCACCAGCUUUUGAAGAUCCAAGAGAAGGGUCAGAUGCCUGGGCAGCAGAAGGGCCACAGAAAUAAUCUAAAAAAGCGGGCCUUGGACCAACUACGCCUGGUAAAAUUCAAGACACAGGAGAACCCUGGACAGCCCUCUCAGCAGCUAUGGCUGGAUCCUUGCUCAGACCGAGACAGGAGCCUGAAGCCUUACAACCUGGUACACUCUGUGGUGGUCCAGACACCACGUCCUGUGGUGCUGUCACCUGAUUGCAUUGCACCACGGCUCAUCAGGAACUUGCUGGACUUGCCCACCUCCCGUCUGGACUUUCAUGUGUGCCCAGCAGAGAAGCUGGCAGAAGGGCAUCCCAACACUACCUGUGCUAAGGAGGACCCCGUGUCUAGAAGUUCCCCCCAGGAUCAGAGGGAGCCUGUGCGAAUCCACAUGAUACGGGAGRCAAUGGAGAAGAAUAAACACUGCCUGCUAGAGCUCGGAGUUCAGAGUGUGAGGGAUCUAAUUAGAAGUGAAAUAUACCCCAUUGUUAUCCAUGUCGAGGUCACAGAAAAAAACAUUAGAGGACUCAGGAGCUUGCUGAGGAAGCCAGGCCCACGGGACUCGGAGGUGCUGAAGAUGUGCCGUGGGGCGGAGCAGGUGCUUCGUGCUCUGCCGUGCUCUUGGGCCCGUGUGGAUCCCCAGGCCUGGAAUCAUGUGGAGGAGCUGACCAAGGUGGUUCGGGGCUGCAUCUUUCAGGAACAAACCCGCCCGCUGUGGAUUGAGGAGGGUGACGACUGAGCUGGGACCUAGCAGAGCUGGCGCUGCGCUGCCAGCCACCUUUCCCAAGARCUGUUCUCAGAGGCCUUUUCUUCCCUGAACUCUGUUAGGCAAAGUGUCCUUUCUCCUCAAGGGGAUGCCACCAAUGGAUGCCCUUGGGGUAUUAUUUCAGGUGCCUUUGAGGCCGUGCAGAGCUGAGGAGUAGUAACACAUUCUAACUCCUCAGCCUGAGUUUUCCAUGUUUUAUUGGAGAGAUGUCUUCUGCCUUUAUACUGGACACCACUCAUGGUCUAUUCCCCAUCCCCAUGGUUCUGGUACCUGGUCAGGCUGACAGAUCAARCUCUUGAGGGAACUAUGUGAAAUCAGGGCGUACAGAAGUGCAUAAUGUACACCCAUGGGCACUCACACAUGUGCAUACAUCCACCCUGGCUUUUGGUACUUCUAAGGCCCUUUUCUCGUCACUUCUGCCUUCCCUUGCCUGUAGCGCUGUGUGCUGUGGGUCCUCACCCCCCUUUCUCUCUCUACCUCACCUCCUGCCCUGAGGAGCAGGAAGCAGUGCUUGGCUGCAGGCACCUCAGCACAGCCAGAGUGACACUAAGUGGGUUUUGCGACACAUCCUCGAUUUAUGGGCACUGUACUCUUUAUUGCUUGUAAAUUAUUAAUGGACCGAUUUAUUGGCAACCCACA